ACAACUCAAGUCUUGACUACAACGUCAGCCACCACUACAACUGAAGCCCUGACUACAACUGCAGCCCCCACAACAACUGCAUCCCCCACAACAACUGUAGCCCCCAGAACAACUGAAGCCUUGACUACAACUGCAGCCUCCACAACAACUCAAGUCUUGACUACAACGUCAGCCACCACUACAACUGAAGCCCUGACUACAACUGCAGCCCCCACAACAACUGAAGCCCUGACUACAACUGCAGCCCCCACAACAACUGAGACCCCCACUACAACUGUUGCUCAAACAACAACUGAAGCCCUGACUACAACUGCAGCCCCCACAACAACUGCAUCCCCCACAACAACUGUAGCCCCCAGAACAACUGAAGCCUUGACUACAACUGCAGCCUCCACAACAACUCAAGUCUUGACUACAACGUCAGCCACCACUACAACUGAAGCCCUGACUACAACUGCAGCCCCCACAACAACUGAAGCCCUGACUACAACUGCAGCCCCCACAACAACUGAAGCCCUGACUACAACUGCAGCCCCCACAACAACUGAAGCCCCGACUACAACUGCAGUACCCACAACAACUGCAGCCCCCACAACAACUGUAGCCCCCAGAAAAACUGAAGCCUUGACUACAACUGCAGCCUCCACAACAACUCAAGUCUUGACUACAACGUCAGACACCACUACAACUGAAGCCCUGACUACAACUGCAGCCCCCACAACAACUGAAGCCCUGACUACAACUGCAGCCCCCACAACAACUGAAGCCCCGACUACAACUGCAGCCCCCACAACAACUGCAGCCCCGACUACAACUGCAGCUCAAACAACAACUGAAGCCCCGACUACAACUGCAGCCCCCACAACAACUGCUGAAGCCCUGACUACAACUGCAGCCCCCACAACAACUGCAUCCCCCACAACAACUAUAGCCCCCAGAACAACUGAAGCCUUGACUACAACUGCAGCCUCCACAACAACUCAAGUCUUGACUACAACGUCAGCCACCACUACAACUGAAGCCCUGACUACAACUGCAGCCCCCACAACAACUGCAUCCCCCACAACAACUGUAGCCCCCAGAACAACUGAAGCCUUGACUACAACUGCAGCCUCCACAACAACUCAAGUCUUGACUACAACGUCAGCCACCACUACAACUGAAGCCCUGACUACAACUGCAGCCCCCACAACAACUGAAGCCCUGACUACAACUGCAGCCCCCACAACAAAUGAAGCCCUGACUACAACUGCAGCCCCCACAACAACUGAAGCCCCGACUACAACUGCAGUACCCACAACAACUGCAGCCCCCACAACAACUAUAGCCCCCAGAACAACUGAAGCCUUGACUACAACUGCAGCCUCCACAACAACUCAAGUCUUGACUACAACAACAACUGAAGCCUUGACUACAACUGCAGCCUCCACAACAACUCAAGUCUUGACUACAACGUCAGCCACCACUACAACUGAAGCCCUGACUACAACUGCAGCCCCCACAACAACUGCAUCCCCCACAACAACUGUAGCCCCCAGAACAACUGAAGCCUUGACUACAACUGCAGCCUCCACAACAACUCAAGUCUUGACUACAACGUCAGCCACCACUACAACUGAAGCCCUGACUACAACUGCAGCCCCCACAACAACUGAAGCCCUGACUACAACUGCAGCCCCCACAACAACUGAAACCCCCACUACAACUGUUGCUCAAACAACAACUGAAGCCCUGACUACAACUGCAGCCCCCACAACAACUGCAUCCCCCACAACAACUGUAGCCCCCAGAACAACUGAAGCCUUGACUACAACUGCAGCCUCCACAACAACUCAAGUCUUGACUACAACGUCAGCCACCACUACAACUGAAGCCCUGACUACAACUGCAGCCCCCACAACAACUGAAGCCCUGACUACAACUGCAGCCCCCACAACAACUGAAGCCCUGACUACAACUGCAGCCCCCACAACAACUGAAGCCCCGACUACAACUGCAGUACCCACAACAACUGCAGCCCCCACAACAACUGUAGCCCCCAGAAAAACUGAAGCCUUGACUACAACUGCAGCCUCCACAACAACUCAAGUCUUGACUACAACGUCAGACACCACUACAACUGAAGCCCUGACUACAACUGCAGCCCCCACAACAACUGAAGCCCUGACUACAACUGCAGCCCCCACAACAACUGAAGCCCCGACUACAACUGCAGCCCCCACAACAACUGCAGCCCCGACUACAACUGCAGCUCAAACAACAACUGAAGCCCCGACUACAACUGCAGCCCCCACAACAACUGCAUCCCCCACAACAAUUGUAGCCCCCAGAACAACUGAAGCCUUGACUACAACUGCAGCCUCCACAACAACUCAAGUCUUGACUACAACGUCAGCCACCACUACAACUGAAGCCCUGACUACAACUGCAGCCCCCACAACAACUGCAUCCCCCACAACAACUGUAGCCCCCAGAACAACUGAAGCCUUGACUACAACUGCAGCCUCCACAACAACUCAAGUCUUGACUACAACGUCAGCCACCACUACAACUGAAGCCCUGACUACAACUGCAGCC